GGCGUGUCGUGGAGGAUGUUAUUUACGAGAACAUUUCAAAUUUUGCGAGUGAACAUUUACUACAUUCAUUCAUAAUUGAUGUGGACGAUCCAAUGAUCACAGGAAUAUUCUUUCCUGCUGAAAUAGAUGAAAUAAAAUCAACAAAUGUCAAGGAGGAACAGGAAUUAAGUAACAAACUUUACGAAAACCUUACAAGAUAUUAUGACAAGAAAAGUGUGGUUGAGAUCAAAAAGAUUAUAAGAGAGGCCAAUCUUGGUUGUUCAAAUUUUGAAAUCGAAACACUUGCAUAUUCUAUUUACAGUUUGAUACGACAAUACGAACGUAAUUCAAGUGGGUUCUCCUUAGGACAUUACGAAAAUUGGUACAACGUAAACAUAUGGGGGCCUGUUAUCAAUAGGAUAUAUGAUGACAUUCCAAAUAUUGACAUUGUUCGUGGUGAAUCGUCAAGCUUAGCUAGUUCAGAUCGAAAAAACCAUAAUUGUUCAGAAGUUGGCAGUCAUUAUGAAGGUCAAAAUGCCACAAAGUGGCUUAAUGAAUCUGGUCUAAAGCUACCUAAAAUGUUGAGAGACAUGUUCGUUAGUUUGUGCAAGAGUGUGGACUGGGACUUGGAAAAAAUAAACAAUGUGGAAACAGUAGGAUAUAUUCAUAGAGGUUCAGUUCUAAUGAUCAUAACUCUGGAUUUUCCUGCCGGAUAUAUACAUCGUCUCUCUAAGAGUGACCUGUAUAAUAUACUGGAAGAUAUCGAAUCUUUCAACAAGGCAUUAGAAUUAAUAACUGCAGUUUGGAAAAGUAAGAAACAAGUCGUCCGAACCAUGGAAUUAUUACAGGAAAAUGAAAAAGAUUCUAGUAAAUGUUUGAAAAAUGUAUCCAUACGCAAAAGAAGCAAUCGUACUAACAACCAAACUAGCAAGCCUAAAAAAAUUCUUCCAGAUAAUUAA